AUGGCGUCUUCCUCAGUCGGCAGGUGGUUAAGGCGCGCCUUUUCCUCCUCUGUGCUCCCUGCAGCAUUCGCCUGUACUGACCCCGGCACGCACACCCGCGCGGCUUCGUCAGUCUCGCUGCCACCCUUGUCUUCGCCGUCGCCUCCUUGUGCGUCGCCGCCUCUGUCUUCUUCCGGUGAGCGCAAGCAGAACGCGGAUACAGGUCCGUCGGCUUCGGCAUGCACAGGCGAUCUCCAAGGCGAACGGGAAGCUGACGGUCCAAGUGCAGGCCGGAGUGUGUCGCAGAAGGCCGAUCGAGAGAAGACUGAGGACGCGCGACGGAGUCGGGCGUCGCAGAAGAGCGAAGCCGCACAGAAACGCGAGAGAGAAAGAAAACUGAGAGACCAACCGACGCGCACGCCGACCCCCGAAGGCGUCGUGGUCCUCCACGCACACCCGUUGUCGGCGUCGACUUCUGCCUCGCUCUCGCCGCUCUCUUCUUACCUCUCGCCUUCGCAACCUGGCGACGCGUGUGGGUUGUGUAAACCCGACGACUCUUCGCGGAGUUGGCUAGACGUCCGCAAGCUAAAGCGCGAAGUCGAGUCUCACCUGCGUCGAGCAACUCAGGGACGAGGGAACGCCUCACCACAGACGUGUCGCCACAGUGGAGAGUCUCGCGACGGUCGGACUGGAAACGACGUAGACCGAGACAUAGAUGAGGCGCCAAGAAACCGUCAGAGCGUGGGGAACAACACGGCCUCGGUGACAAACCACGACAGCCAGCAAACGAGAAACAGCGACGAAUGGGCCAUGCGCGUCAUGACUUUCAACGUCCUCGCUGAAUCUUUAACAGAUUACAAAUACCGCUACCUGGAUCAGAACAUCGUAAAGUGGGCAAGCAGAGUGAACGUGAUUGAAGGCGAAAUUCGCCGCCACCGACCAGCCAUCUGCUGCUUGCAGGAGCUGGACGCGUCGCACUACCGAAAACGCUUCCUGCCGUUCUUCCGCUCUCUGGGCUAUGACGGCGUCUACAAGCAAAAGACGCAAGGGCGAGCAGACGGCGUCGGGACUUUCUGGAUGCGCGAGCGAUUUGAGUUGCUUGAGCAGCGCAGCAUCGAAUUCCGGCAACACAGCAAAAGUUUGAUUGACAAACCUCAAGUGGGUCUGGUGGUGCUUCUCCGAGAGCGUCUGGACGGGGCGGAAGUUGGCGAGGACCGCAGCGCCUUGGGUCGUUCGCAGUCGGAGCCGCCCGAGGUGUCUGCCGUGCCGCGAUCUUCCUCCUCGCGCGGGGCCUUGGUAGCUCCAUGCCUCGUGCGCCACGACAGCUGCCCGGAAGCGCCAGGCGAGACCUUCUCUUCUGAGCCUUCCUCUUCAAAGCGCCGCCGCGCGGCAGACCCCCAGGGAGCCCCUGCGAAGCCGCGAUAUUCCCGCGGGUGCUCCGGAGACAGUCGCGCGAGUCUCCCCGCUGCACAAACCCUGCCCCGGAUGGUCAUUGUCGCAAACACGCAUCUCCUGUUUAACAGUCGACGCGGGGACGUCAAGCUUGCGCAGCUGCUUCUUCUUCUUCAGGAGGUCUGCGACUUGCGACGCCGAGCACUCGCGAUGAUCAACGCGAAGCUCCGAGAGACGCAACGAGGUGCGUCAAAGAGUGCCCACAGUGGCAGCGCGAGAGGGUCAGACGCGCGCGAGACAGCGAGUCAGGGGCGCGAGGCGUUCGACGCACCAGAGGCGGACACCGCGUGUGUCGCGAGGAGCGGGAUUUGUCGCCCGCUGCCUCUCUCGCCGUUGGAGGCGGGCGACCAGGCGCGAGACGCCGACGACCUGCUCGAUGAUGCCGAGUUGCUUGUCGACGUCCUGCUCUGCGGAGAUUUCAAUUUCACGCCCCAGUCGCCUCUCUACCAACUCGUGCUUCGUGGAACUUUCGACUUUGCCGGUCUCGACCACCGGAAACUCUCAGGGCAGUUUCUGAUGGAGCGACACGCGUACCGGAUGGAUGCAAACGGCUACCACGGCAGAGGCGCGACCGUUGUCAGCUCUCCUUUAGAGUCACAAAUCUUGAGCAGCCUCGACCCAGAUCGCUUUGUCACAAGCCGAGGAAAUCCACCUUUCCACCAUUCGCACAGCGUCCCACGUGGGCUGGCCGAUCCCGCGAACUCGAGCUGCGCGGCCUCGCAAAAGGAGAAAGGCGGCGCGUCGGGCCCCUCGCUGAAAACCGUAAAGCCUGCCGGCUCUCAGCAGUGGCUCCAGGACCUACACAAAGUUCUCGAAAAUAUGCCUGUGUUCGACUCACUCUGGGCGCCACGCUUGACGAGAUCCACGUCCUCCCCCGGCGGUUCCAGUGAGGAUCAGCUGAGGAGGUCCAGAGGGGAUGCGGCUUCGAAUGCCGUCAUCACCCUGCCUCUCCAGUUCAACAGCGCCUACGCACUGCCCACCUUCGACAGCAAAGCACCCGGGGCAUCAACCCAUGCGCCACAGGUGGUAAUGGAGGAACCUGCCUUUACCGCUUACCACGGGUGGCAAAAGGGCUGUAUAGAUUACAUCUUUUACCAUUCAAAAGCUCUAGACCUCUGGCCGUGCUCCGACCAUUACUCAUUGGUCACGGACUUUGUCAAAUGCACGUCGCGCGUCUCUCGCGACAAUUGCUGGGGAAAUGCGAUCAACUAA